AUGGGAUCAAGACUACGGCAACUUCAGUGCCUUCAGAGCCUGACCAUCCACCACACUCGACGCACACUCACACAGACCCCCCGCCUCAUACACUCCAGCUCACGGCGAGAUGUCACUGCCCCAACACCAUCUCCCGCCUCCACCCCUUCACAGCUCCUCAAUCUUGAGACACCUCAACGGCAAGCACAGACAAAGGCCGUUCUAGAUCGUCUCCCGACCUCCUCGGUGCUGCGAUCGUAUCUCAUCACUGCCGUGUCUUCCUCGCCAGUCCUGCUCACAUUUUGCUUCAACAUCCUACGGAAGAUGCUGGACUCCAAAUCCUUUCUCAUGAACAUUGAUAAGAACCCUAUUCUGCAGAGUGUGCUCAAGAAGACCUUUUAUGCCCAGUUCUGUGUUGGCGACAAGAAGGACGAGGUUGUGCGGAACACCGACUUUGCUCGGACGCUGGGCUAUGGCGGCAUCCUGUUCGAAUAUGCUCUUGAGGUACUGGGCGGGGCAGCACCGACGGCCGAAGAGACAAAGAAGGAGGUCGAAGUGUGGAGGAAGGGGAUGCUACAGAGUGUGGAUAUGGCCAAGGAGGGCGACUUUGUCGGACUCAAAUGGUCUGGUCUCGGUCGUCACGCGCUCUACCUUCUUCAGAACCAGAAAGAGGCCACCCCUGAGAUGUGGGAUGCCAUUAUCGCCGCCUGCGACGCCGCUGCAGCAAAGGGCGUAAGCCUCCUUCCCGGUGCCGAAGAAGAAGCCACCAACCUCGGGCUCGAGAAGUGGACCACCCAGCUUCAGAAGAUGUACAACACCCCCGAAAGAGGCCGUGCAGUCCUCUACGUAACCUACCAGUGCUACCUCCGCGACAUCUCCAAGCGCAUGGCCCAGCACCUUGAGAAGGCCUCCAAAGAAGGCUACAUUGCCGGCGUCAAGCUAGUUCGUGGCGCAUACCUGACCUCUGAGCCCAAGGAAAUCACCUUUGACACCAAAGAGGGUACAGAUGCAAACUACGACGCCUGUGCCGAAGCCGUCAUCCGCCAACAGUGGACCGACAAGGUCUCUGCCCCAACCCCCGGCACCCCCUUCCCACGCACCGAGGUCGUCCUCGCAACACACAACGCCCACUCCCUCCAGCAAGCCAUGAAGCUCCGCGCCGAGAAAAUGCUCACCACCCCCGCUGACAAGCUGCCCCGCCUCACCUACGCGCAGCUGCAGGGCAUGGCAGACGAGAUCUCCCAGGCCCUGGUCCAGGACCCCAUCAUGCACAAGGACACCCAGGCCAAGGUCGUCAAGUGCAUGACCUGGGGCACCACAACCGAGUGCCUGAACUUCUUGCUCCGCAGGGCAAGCGAGAACAAGGAGGCUGCGACACGGACACAGGACACGCGCAAGGCCAUGGGUGCUGAGCUAAGGAGAAGAGUCAAGGGCUACUUUGGCCUUGCUUAA